AACUCUUAAAGGAUUUAAUCUCUCUCCUCCGCCCAUCUCUCUCUCUCUCUCUCGUCGUCUUUGUUCUAUAAGAUUCUCUCUUCCACCACACUUCUCUCACCCUCAAUAAUCUCCUUGUGUAGUUUUCUUCACCAGUUUCUGUUAUAUUGAAACCCUAAAUUUCUCAAAAUCCCAUUCUUGACUAAGAGAGAAACACACAAAAAAAAUUCAAAUGGAUGGUGGUGUGAGAAGCAAAGUAUCCACCAGCGACGGUGGUGGUGGAGGAGGAGGAGGAUCUGUAACUGUCGAAUCAAUGGAGAUUAAGCCUUCUCCUCAACCUCAGCCUGCCGCGAUUCUAAGUUCAAACGCGCCUCCUCCGUUCCUGAGCAAGACCUAUGACAUGGUUGAUGAUCCCUCUACAGAUUCGAUUGUGUCGUGGGGUGCUGAUAACAAUAGUUUUAUCGUUUGGGAUCCGCCGUUGUUCGCUAGAGAUCUUCUUCCUAAGAACUUUAAGCAUAAUAAUUUCUCCAGCUUCGUCAGGCAGCUUAAUACCUAUGGUUUCCGAAAGGUUGACCCAGAUAGAUGGGAAUUUGCGAAUGAAGGUUUUUUAAGAGGUCAGAAGCACUUGCUAAAAUCAAUUACCAGGCGAAAACCUGCCCAGGGACAUGGACAAGGACAUCAACAAUCUCAGCACUCGAAUGGACAGAACGCAUCUGUUAGUGCAUGUGUUGAAGUUGGCAAAUUUGGUCUCGAAGAAGAAGUAGAGAGGCUUAAAAGAGAUAAGAAUGUCCUUAUGCAAGAACUCGUCAGAUUAAGACAGCAACAACAGUCCACUGAUAACCAACUUCAAACGAUGGUUCAGCGUCUCCAGGGCAUGGAGAAUCGGCAACAACAAUUAAUGUCGUUCCUUGCAAAGGCAGUACAAAGCCCUCAUUUUCUAUCUCAAUUCUUACAACAGCAGAAUCAGCAAAACGAGAGUAGUAGGCGCAUCAGUGAUACAAAUAAGAAGCGGAGAUUCAAGCGAGAUGGCAUUGUCGGUAAUAAUGCUUCUGCUUCUCCUGAUGGACAGAUAGUGAAGUAUCAACCUCCAAUGCAUGAGCAAGCGAAAGCAAUGUUUAAACAGCUUAUGAAGAUGGAACCUUACAAAACUGGCGAUGAUGGUUUCCUUCUAGGUAAUGGUACUUCUACUACCGAGGGAACAGAGAUGGAGACUUCAUUGAACCACACAUCGGGUAUAACUCUUCAGGAAAUGCCAACAGCUUCUGAGAUACAGACACCAUCACCAAUGGGAACAACUCCUAUAAAUGUUUCAGCAUCACCAGAAGCAACAGAGAACUGUAUACCUUCACCUGAUGGUCUAAUUCUUCCCGAAUUCACUCAUAUGUUACCGGAAAUUAACGCAGAGAAGCUUCCAGAGGAUUUAAUGGAACCAAACAUGGGAGAUUCUAGUCCUUUCUUUGACCCAGAUCUGUCUAUCGAUGAUUUGAACUUUGACAUCGACGACUUUUCAAUGGAUCCUGAUAUAGAACCUGUUGACUACACUUUAUUGGAAGACUUAUUGUCAAGCACGGUCUCAGACAAUAUGGAUUUUACACCAGUGGACAAUGAGACAGAGCAGAAACAAAAUGGAUGGGACAAAACUGAACAUAUGGAUAAUCUGACUCAACAGAUGGGUCUCCUCUCGCCUGAAACCAUAGACCCCUCAAGGCAAAAUCCAUGAUUUUGGGAGUUUUAAAAGUCUUUUGAAGUGGUAAACACAGUCUGAGAGCAGCUUAUUCAUUUCAUGCACCGAUCAUUUUUCGUUUUUCUUUUUUCCAAACUUGUAUAACAUUACUGCUUUCCAAUCAAUACAAGGAUCUGUGUCUUGUUUCAACCUCUUGUUAAAUUUUUCGCCUAUUUGUUGUCU